UUCGUAUCUAGCAUUGUAGUGUUAUUUUAUACAGCGAUGGUAGUAGCAAAAAAAUAUGUUGUUGUCAAGUAUUUUGAAGGAGAGCCAAAGUCUACAGACUUAAAAUUAAUCAAUGAAGAAUUACCAUCGCUGAAAAAUGGAGAAAUUUUGGUUGAAGCUGAAUAUUUAUCAGUUGAUCCAUACAUGAGACUUUACAUAAAACAAGCCCCGUUGAACUCUACGAUGAUUGGAACACAAAUUGCGAUCAUUGUUGAAUCUAAAAAUGCAAAUUAUCCAGUUGGGAAAAGAAUCGUUGGACAUUUAGGCUGGAGAACACAUACAAUAAUUAAUAUGAAAGAUUUUGAUGAAGAUAGUUUGUUGGAAUUAAAGCCAGAAUUACUACCGGACACUGGAGAUUUACCGAUAUCACUUGGCCUUGGUGUGCUAGGACUUAUUGGGCAUACAGCAUAUUUUGGAUUGAUGGAAAUUUGCAAGCCAAAGGCAGGAGAAACUUUGGUUGUGUCAGGAGCAGCAGGAGCUGUAGGAUCUCAUGUCGGGCAAAUUGGAAAAAUUUUGGGAAUGAAAGUAAUAGGAAUCGCUGGCAGUGAUGAAAAAUGUAAAUGGAUUACCAGCGACCUGGGAUUCGACCAUGCGAUUAAUUACAAUACUCAAGACGUAGCGACAGAGUUGAAAAAAGUUGCUCCCCAAGGAGUUGACUGUUACUUUGACAAUGUGGGUGGAGAAAUAUCGAGCGCAGUUAUUUACCAAAUGAAUCCAUAUGGGCGAGUUUCAGUGUGUGGUUCUAUCUCAGCAUACAAUGCUAAUCCUGACGCUUUGCCCAAGUGUACUAUCACUCAACCUGCUAUGGUAAUGCAGCAAUUGAAAGUAGAAGGAUUUCUCAUGUUGCGCUGGAAAAAUCGGUCAAUGGAAGCAUUUGAAAAAAAUCUCCAAUGGAUCCGCGAAGGAAAACUUGUUUAUCGAGAAACUGUAACAGAA